AUGGAAUACAACAAUACAUAUAACAAACCAUACUGUGGCAGCAUUAGUCAGCCCCUACCAGCUGUUGGAAGCUCGGGCAACUUCUUCCCGGUGAAUGACGCCACUACACCAACGUUCCUUAAAGUCCCUAAUCCACCGUACAUCAAACAGGAAUCGAUUCCGGUGGUGGGUGAUUCGGCAAUUCUUGGCGGAACUGUAACACCACCGGUCAACUACAGUCAGAACCAUCCACAGCAGUAUGGAGCCGAUUAUGGUGAAUCGAACGAAGCGGAUAAACCGCUUUUCUAUCAUCGAAAACCGUUCGACAUGCCCUACCUGCCGAAUCCGUACAACGUGCAGCCUCAUCCACAGCAAUUUGUACAACAUGCACUUCCGGCGUCACAUCUUUCGAACCACCACCAUCAUCAUGUGUCUCAUCUGCAACAGCAACCCCCGCAGCAGCAUCUUCCACCACUAGCACCGCUCACGGUACCCUCCGAAUUGCAUUCCCCACACCAACUUGGACCGUCGGAACAUAUGCAGCGCUCGCAACAUCCGUCAAACUUUCACGAGUAUUUCGAACACUCGGAUCCGUCUUCCUCCUCUAUGGAACCGUAUGCGUACGUGCUGCAAAAACCGGCCGUACCAAUACUAACCCCGGCCACUCCAUCUCCCAUGCUGCCUACGCCGUACGGAGUUCCGGCUCCACCAGCAACACGAUCGCCGUACGAUGCACCGGAACCACCGGAACCGAUCACCUUCAAGUGUGAAAACUGUCCAAAAACGUUCGAAACCAAGCUAAAGCUGGAAAAGCACUGCAAAACGCAUCUAUCGACCGUCGGUGGCGCCCAGCAGCCGGACUUUAAGUGCCGGAUGUGCGAUAAGACGUUUCGCACGAAAAGUACGCUUAUUUGUCAUGAGAAAGUGCAUGGCGAGAAUGGGGUGGACAAUAGCUUUUCGUGCGUCGAGUGUGGUAAAGUAUUUGCGAGCGGCGAAAAGUUGCAGGUCCAUCGGCGAUUGCAUACGGGCGAAAAACCGUACCAGUGUAAGGUUUGUUUGAAGCACUUUAAUCAUCAAUCGAACCUGAUUGUACAUUUGCGGAUCCAUGAGAAGGUUAAGAAGGCGUUGAAAUGUGCCCGGUGCAGUAAGGUGCUGGAUAAUGAGGAACGGUUAGCGAUCCAUAUGCGGCUGCAUACCGGUGAAAAGCCGUACAAAUGUUCGUACUGUGAGAAGCGGUUCAAUCACAAGAGCACGGUCAGUACGCACGAAAAGGCGGCCCAUAUAGCGGCCAACUCGUACAAAUGCGAACGGUGCCAUAAGACGUUCAAUCAAAAGUGCCAGCUGCAGUACCAUGAGAAGCUGCAGGAGGAGCAUACGAUCGCGUGCGGUCACUGUGAGAAGGUGUUUUGCUAUAAGGCCAGUCACAAGGAGCACAUGUUUAAGGUGCAUUUUCCACGCCCGAAAAAGGAGCAAAAGAAAGAGUCGACGGUGGUGGGAGAGGGUGAGGAGGGAGGGGUGGGAGUGAACCAGCCGGGUGGUGGCACGGGAAAUGGCAAUUUGGGUCGGAACAAAUUUAAAUGUACCGUUUGCGAUCGUCGAUUUUACUACAAGCGAGCGCUGGAGGUACAUAUGGGUGUGCAUGAUGCUUCGCUGGAUGUGAAUGUGUUGUACUUUUCGUGCAAUUACUGUCCGGAAACGUUUACCGAGGAGGAAUCGUUACAGCAGCACGAGGCGAAACAUGUGGCGGACGGGACGACUGAUUUUCUACAAAACAUGAAACAACUGGAACAAUCGGAAAACCCUGCGAAUGGGCAGGUUGAUGGUGGAUUUCGCUGUCCGUUGUGUUUUAAGCGGUUUGAGGAUCAGCAAAUGUUGCGCGAUCAUCACAGGACGCAUCUCUGCUCGAACGCAGACUGUGGCAAGUGUGGACCGGCGCAUAGCGAUGAGUUCGAUUUGACGCAAAGUACGUACGAUGUGAACGAUGAUCAGCAACCGACGGUUUGUAAUGUAUGCCAUCGACAGCUGAGUACGUUCGAGCAGUUUCAGAACCACUUUCACUACCAUACGUCCCGGGUGCCGUUCUAUUGCUAUCACUGUCGGGUGGAGUUUAACGAUAAGCGGGAGCUUUAUAAUCACUCGCGAACGCACGUAUCGCGCGAACCGGAGUCGUACACGUGCGAGGUGUGUGCGAAGGUGUUCUCGACCAAGGGCAAUUUUAAGCGACAUUUGAAAUCUCACGAAUCGGUCCGUGCGUUUGCGUGCGACCGGUGCUCGAAGCAGUACGAUUACAAGAGUGCGCUCGAGGUGCAUCUGAAGCGAUCGCACGGUAUUGAAAUGUAG